GGCCGCACUCCCGCUGCACAGCUCUGUGGGAGAAGGAACUCUCAUUAAUCCUUUCUUCAGAUGUGCUGGCCCGGGUCACCCACAUACCAGUCCCUUUGCUGAGAAAGUCUCUGCCAGAUCCCUGGGCUUUCAAGAGCCCGGGCUGAUGGGGGCCUUCCCCACAGGCCAAGAGCCUGCCAACUCUCUGCCGGUCAAGGUCCUUUGGGCGCUCAAGGAUCCUGACUCAGCUGACAAUGGCAUCCGGGGGAACAGGUGAACCCUGGAGGGGAAGGGAGCCCCGCGCGGACUCAUUCCAUGAUGUCCCUGUCGGUGCGGCCGCAGCGCCGCCUGCUCAGCGCCCGGGUCAAUAGGAGCCAGUCCUUCGCAGGCGUCCUCGGCAGCCACGAGCGGGGGCCCAGCAGCUUCCCGGCCUUCAGUCCCCCGGGGCCCCCGCGGAAGGCCCCUGCGCUCUCUCGAGUGUCCAGGAUGUUUGCAGUGGCGCACCCAGCCCCCAAGGUCCCGCAGCCAGAGCGGCUGGACCUGGUGUACGCUGCGCUCAAGCGGGGCCUGACGGCCUAUUUGGAAGUACACCAGCAGGAGCAGGAGAAACUCCAAGUGCAGAUAAAGGAAUCCAAGAGGAAUUCCCGCCUGGGCUUCCUGUAUGACUUAGACAAGCAAGUCAAGUCCAUUGAACGCUUCAUGCGACGGCUGGAGUUCCAUGCCAGCAAGAUCGACGAGCUAUAUGAGGCAUACUGUGUCCAGCGGCGUCUCCGGGAUGGUGCCUACAACAUGGUCCGUGCCUACACCACCGGGUCCCCAGGGAGCCGUGAGGCCCGGGACAGCUUGGCCGAGGCCACUCGUGGGCAUCGAGAGUACACAGAGAGCAUGUGUCUGCUGGAGAGUGAGCUGGAGGCACAGCUGGGAGAGUUCCAUCUCCGGAUGAAAGGACUGGCUGGCUUCGCCAGGCUGUGUGUGGGUGAUCAGUAUGAGAUCUGCAUGAAAUACGGGCGUCAGCGCUGGAAACUACGGGGCCGCAUUGAGGGUAGUGGAAAGCAGGUGUGGGACAGUGAGGAAACCGUCUUUCUUCCUCUGCUCACGGAAUUCCUGUCCAUCAAGGUGACAGAGCUGAAGGGCCUGGCCAACCAUGUGGUUGUAGGCAGCGUCUCCUGCGAGACCAAGGACUUGUUUGCAGCCCUGCCCCAGGUUGUGGCUGUGGACAUCAAUGACCUCGGCACCAUCAAACUCAGCCUGGAAGUCACAUGGAGCCCCUUCGACAAAGAUGACCAGCCCUCAGCUGCUUCUACUGUCAACAAGGCCUCCACAGUCACCAAGCGCUUCUCCACCUAUAGCCAGAGCCCACCAGACACUCCCUCGCUUCGGGAACAGGCCUUCUAUAAUAUGCUGAGGCGGCAGGAGGAGCUGGAGAAUGGGACAGCAUGGUCCCUGUCAUCCGAAUCUUCGGACGAUUCAUCCAGUCCGCAGCUCUCGGGCAGUGCCCGCCACUCCUCAGCCCCAAAGCCCCUGGUGCAGCAGCCUGAGCCUUUGCCCAUCCAAGUUGCCUUCCGUAGGCCUCAGACCCCCACCUCCGGGCCCACGGAUGAGGAGGGAGCCAUGGCCCCAGUCCUGGCCAAUGGGCAUGCCCCCUACAGCCGGACUCUCAGCCACAUCAGUGAGGCCAGUGUGGAUGCUGCCUUGGCUGAAGCUUCAGUAGAGGCUGAGGGCCUAGAAAGCCAGGGACCUAACCCACCUGCACACCCAGAUCCCACCCAUAGGGAGCAUCCUGGUCCUGACCCUCUUGCCCUGGGCCCUGGCCAUUCUGCCACAAGCCCCACUCUCAGUGCAAUAGGCCCUGCUCACACAUCUACAGACCCUGUCCCAUCUGCAUAUCUAAACUCUCUCCACAAGACUCCAGACUCUAGCUCUCCUGAACUGCCAGGUCCCGCCCACACCACUUCAAGCUCUACCUGUAGUGCCAUAAGCCCUAUCAGCAGUGCUCCAAGCGUCACUCACACUGUCACAGGCUCUACCCACAAGCCCAAGCCCUCCACCCUCACUGCUACAGGCCCUAGCCCCAUUGCCAUGGGCUCAGGCCAGACCACAAGUCCCACCCACAAGUCAGUGCUUUCUACCCUCACUAUUGCAGGUCCUAGCCCCAACACUACAAGCCCAGUCCAGACCACAAGCCCCAGCCACACUGUCACAAACCUGACAAAUAUUGUCACAAGCCCCACCAUCAAGCCCAUACUCUCUACCCCCACUACUACAGGCCCUAGCCCCAACACUACAAGCUCAGUCCAGACCACAAGCCCCAGCCACACUGUCACAAACCUGACAAAUAUUGUCACAAGCCCCACCAUCAAGCCCAUACUCUCUACCCCCACUACUACAGGCCCUAGCCCCAACACUACAAGCUCAGUCCAGACCACAAGCCCCAGCCACACUGUCACAAACCUGACAAAUACUGUCACAAGCCCCACCGUCAAACCCAUACUCUCUACCCCCACUACUACAGGCCCUACACCAAGCGCCCAGAGCCCAGCCCAGCCUACCACAAUGCCCACCCACACCACCACAAGCCCCACCCACACUUCCACAAGCCCCACCCACACCACCACAAGCUCCACCCAUACCACAAGCUCCACCCACACUACCGCAAGCCCUACUCCCAAAGCCAGUAUGUCAGCUCACACUACUGUAAGUCCAACCACCGAUGCUAAGGACCCAGUCCAGACCACGAGAAGCCCCACCCACCCUGUCACAAGCCCCACCCUUAUAACUGUAAACCCUUCCACUUCUCUAGACCUCGCCACGCUCCCCAGCCCCUCUGCACACACAGACCCCAACCCACUGUCCCAUAGCCAUCCAGCUUCCACUCCCUGCACUCAGGCAGAUCCCAUAGCCCCAAGCACCUCCGACCCAAGCCCUGCCUGCUCCAGUUUGGAACCCCCUACAAGCCCUUCCCCAGGCCCCCCAGAGCCCAUCCUUCAGAACCCAAGCCUCCCUCCCUCACCCUUAACCGUUGGGCCCCAGCAUUCAGACUUUAGCCUGGCCACGACUGCCCAGGCCCCAGUUCCAGGAGCAACGGGAGGAGCUGGAGACAGGAGGCUGGAGGAGGCACUGGGGGCCCUAAUGGCUGCUCUGGAUGACUAUCGUGGCCAGUUCCCAGAGCUGCAGGGCCUGGAGCAGGAGGUGAUCCGCCUGGAGAGUCUGCUCAUGCAGAGACAAGGCCUGACUCGCAGCCGGGCCUCCAGUCUUAGCAUCACUGUGGAGCAUGCCCUGGAGAGCUUCAGCUUCCUCAACGAGGAUGAAGAUGAAGACAACGAUGGUCCUGGAGACAGGCCCCCAAGCAGCCUGGAGCCUAAGGCUGAAGACAGCCUCAACUCACCCAGUGCCCAUCCCCUCAGCACGGAGUGUCCAGCUCUGGACACUGCCUUGGUCCAGCACCUGUACUACUGCAGCCGCCUCCUGCUGAAACUGGGCACAUUUGGGCCGCUACGCUGUCAGGAGGCAUGGGCCCUGGAGCGACUGCUGCGGGAGGCCCGAGUGCUCGAGGUGGUAUGCGAGCUUAGCAGGAGAUGGGAAAUCCCUGCUACUUCUGCCCAGGAAGUGGUGCAGUUCUCAGCCUCUCGGCCUGGCUUCCUGACCUUCUGGGACCAGUGCACAGAGGGACUUAGCCCCUUCAUCUGCCCUGUGAAGCAGGUGCUCCUCACCUUCUGCAAUCAGUACGGUGCCCGGCUCUCCCUGCGCCAGCCAGGCUUAGCUGAGGCUGUGUGUGUCAAGUUUCUGGAGGAUAUGCUGGGACAGAAGCUGCCCAGGAGGCCCCAGCCAGGCCCUGGCGAGCAGCUCACUGUCUUCCAGUUCUGGAGUUAUGUGGAAACCCUGGACAGCCCCUCCAUGGAGGCCUAUGUGACGGAGACCGCUGAGGAAGUGUUACUGGUGCAGAACCUGAACUCAGAUGAUCAGGCUGUUGUGCUCAAGGCCCUGAGGUUGGCACCUGAAGGGCGGCUACGAAGGGACGGGCUUCGGGCCCUCAGCUCCCUGCUCGUCCAUGGCAACAACAAGGUCAUGGCUGCUGUCAGCACCCAGCUCCGGAGCCUGUCGCUAGGCCCUGCCUUCCGGGAAAGGGCCCUACUGUGCUUCCUGAACCAACUCGAGGAUGAGGACGUGCAGACGAGAGUGGCUGGCUGCCUGGCCUUAGGCUGCAUCAAGGCUCCUGAGGGCAUUGAGCCCCUGGUGUACCUGUGCCAAACGGACACAGAAGUCGUGAGGGAGGCUGCUCGGCAGAGCCUGCAACAGUGUGGGGAAGAGGGACAGUCUGCCCACCGACGGCUAGAAGAGUCGCUGGACGCCCUGCCCCGCAUCUUCGGGCCCGGCAGCAUGGCCAGCACGGCCUUCUAAACUCCCCACACACUGGCUCUCAGUGCCACAUCCCCCCACUUUCAGGGCUCACCAGGUGGCAGGGAGGGUGAGGGCUGGUUCCAGACACCCCUCCCCCAUGUAUUCCUAUCCAUGAAAAUCUAAUAUAUUCUUCAGUUGCCCUUGGGGUUGGUAGAGUCAGUGCCUGCAGU